GAGAUCAGUAUUGAGCUAUACUUUGUUUUGAUGUAGGAAAAUCGCUUUUAGUUUGAGCCAACUUAUACUUAGAUAUGCAAAAUAACAAAUACUCCUUUCUGUCCAACUAUGCGGAGAAGAACGGAGGAAGCAGCUACAACAUGAACAACAAAUCCAGAUCUACAGAUGUCAAGUACACCCCUCCCAGCUCAUCUAGCAACAUGAACCAGCCAAACGGGGCAAUUUCUAACAUCAACACAGGAGCGUAUUGUGGUAACACAAGCAGAAUGCCACAUCUCUCCAAAGUUAACUUCGAGCGUGAGGUCCAGAGGAGAUUCACAAACAAGCGGGAGAACAUGAGCAGAGCUGAGCGGUACGAGAUUGAGAAGAGGAUCAAUAAACCACUCGACCUGAAAUACCAGUAAACAGCUUUGUGCGUGAUGUCAUGGCGCACUGUGACGGUGUCAUGGCGCACUGUGACGGUGUUAUGACGUCACUUUCAGCUCCAAUGUCGUCACACUAAUCUGCAGUGGUGUCAGAUUAUCCAAAUGAAUAAUCUGCUUAACUUCUUAGCUGUUGCUACUUAUAAUUAUAAAUGUUGAUGCAAUAGUAAGAAGUUUUCAGGCAUAUAUACUUUAUACAGUGUUGUUUGUUUGCUCCUUUGUAAAUUUUGUCGUUAGUUCCUAUCUUGAAUUAUCGGUCCGGGUUGGGACAGAAUACAAACGAUUUGAUUUUGAGGAUAAGAUGGCAAAAUACAGUCACGACGCAGUUAUAUGGGUGUUUAUAAUUGUGGCAUGAAAUAUCAAAUUAGUUAAAUUUUAAUUAAGCGCCGUGGUUAUAUUUUGUCAAAAAUACAAAAGUCUACAAUAACCAUUAAGUUUCCAAUUUAAAUAUGCUUGUUUAGAAAUGCGAGGCUGGUGUUAUGUUUCACACUGGACAAAUUGAAAGUAUUAAAACAUAUUCAAAAUUUGCAAUUGAUUCGAUUAAUUUGUAUAUAUUGAUCUGGCUUAGUAUAAGAUGAAAAGCAGGAAAUAUUGUGUAUUACUAUUUAGAACUUUGUGUUUACUAUUUACAUAAUAUUUCUUGUUAUUACAGUAAAAAUCUAACUCCGGUUCAGUCUCACGCCGUACAACUAAGUGUAAACAUGUGUAACUAAGUGUAAUCAUAUUAAGUUAUUAUGAGCACGAAAAUCUGUAUUGAUCAGGUAUUAAUCAGGUAUUAAUCUGGUUCGACCUAAUUUUUCGAACACUAUUUGUCCCGGAGUAAGAUUUUCACAGUAUGUUAUACAGUUUGCUAAUAGUAAUAUCGAAGAGCGAAUAUUUUUACAUUGCAGUAGAUUUCACCCUCAAUUCUUUUUAGUCAGUUUUAUUUCUUUGAGUUUUUGGCUGGUUUCACGUUAAUCAGAACCAUAAAAUUCAAUUUUUAAGCAACUGCUUGAUUGUGUUGUGCAUUUUAUUCAAAUUCUUAAUAUUCAUUAUUCAAGUGAAAAAAUUUUAAGUUUAUUCUUCUGGAAUAUCAAUAAAACGUGCUUAUAUUUUAAAUUUUUCAACUGAAUAUUCAUCUUUACAGCAAAGAUUAUUCGACUAUUAAUUUAUAAAAAUCUAUUUAUGCAAUCAACAGUUACUUUUGAAGUUGAAAUUUGUAAUCAUUUCACGUUCAUAUAUUUGUUUCUGCUAUUUGAAAUGCAUACGAAAUAAUCAUCCUGCAAUUGAUAGUGGCUAAUCUA